GUAUUGAUUCCUGUUGAAGCAUAUAUAGUCGGAGGGUGGGUGCAGGGCGGACGAUUUCAAAGCGGACUCUAUUCAUUUGUCCUAAUCGCAGCCAUAUGAUUCUUCCCCCGUUGAAUUAUAAUAUAUCCAAACACUCCUCAGUCCCUAACUCAAACCAUAUCACCAAUAUUGAACAAAAUGAGCAGCAACAGACACAACCGACUCUUCCUCAUCAUCAUUUUCCUUUGCUCUUCUCUAACAUGCAGCGGCACCAGCUCAUCCAGCGUACAGCAACUCAGCUCGUGCUUGGCCGGGCAUGGCGUCGGCAACUUCACUGCGCUGUCUAAUGACACGGGGCAUUCUGGUAGUGGUAAAGGGGAUGACAAUCCGUCCACGCUGUACUACAGCCUGCUCAAUUUCUCUAUCCAUAACCUCCGUUUCUCGGGGUCGUCGGUCCCGAAGCCUGCAGUCAUAAUCCUGCCGGAGAGCCUGGAACAGCUGGUGAGCGCUGUGGGCUGCUGCAGGGAUGGCCAGUGGGAGAUCAGAGUGAGGUGCGGUGGGCAUAGCUAUGAGGGGACUUCCUCGGUCGCUGCUGAUGGAGCUCCGUUCGUCAUCAUUGACAUGAUGAACCUCAACAAGGUCGAGGUGGACAUGCAGGCUGAGAUGGCAUGGGUUGAAGGCGGGGCCACCCUUGGCGAGGUUUACUCGGCCAUCGCUGAAGCUAGCCCGCAUCACGGGUUCUCUGCUGGGUCCUGCCCCACUGUCGGUGUCGGUGGGCACAUUAGUGGAGGUGGGUUCGGCUUGCUGUCCCGGAAAUAUGGCCUGGCCGCUGAUAAUGUGGAGGAUGCGCUCCUGGUAGACUCAAGCGGGCAGUUGUUUGACCGGAGGACUAUGGGAGAGGACGUCUUCUGGGCCAUCCGAGGAGGUGGAGGCGGCAUUUGGGGGAUUGUUUAUGCAUGGAAGAUCAAGCUCUUGCCGGUGCCAAAGACAGUGACAAGUUUCAUCAUCUCCAGGAUGGGAAGGACGGACAACCGAACUGGGAGAGGCAAGUUCAUACCGGAACUGGUGAAGAAGUGGCAGUACGUAGCUCCCAGCUUAGGUGAUGACUUCUACUUAUCGGUUUUUGUCGGUGCCAACCUGCAUGAGGCUAGGGAAGCCCCGCAGAUAUCGGCCACCUUCAAGGGAUUCUUCCUGGGUCCAAGAAGGCGAGCCGUUUCGAUCAUGAACCGGGCAUUCCCUGAGUUGGGCCUGACAGAAGAGGAUUGCCAUGAGAUGAGCUGGAUCGAGUCGAUCCUGUUCUUCUCAGGCCUAGGCGAUGGAAGUUCGGUUUCUGACCUCAAGAGCAGGUUCUCAAAGGAUAAGCUGUAUUUCAAGGCCAAGUCAGACUACAUCCGCUCCCCAAUCCCCAUGAGCGGCAUCAACUCAGCUCUCAACAUACUCGACAGGGAGCCCAAGGGGUACGUCAUAUUAGACCCCUAUGGAGGCAUGAUGGACAACAUAAGCAACGACUUCAUCGCGUUCCCCCACCGGAAAGGCAACCUGUUCACGAUUCAGUACCUCGUGGAAUGGCACGAGGAGGACGACUGCAACAGUGAGCAGUACAUCGAGUGGAUCAGAGAGUUCUACGCCUCGAUGGCUCCCCACGUCUCAGAGGGCCCAAGGGCCGCCUACAUCAACUACAUUGACCUCGACCUCGGAGUGAUGGGGUUGAAAGUCAAUCUCGACGAGGAUUGCAAGGAUUGCGAUGACGUGGACAUAGCGAGGCAGUGGGGGGAGAAGUACUUCUUGGGGAACUACGAGAGGUUGGUGAGGGCGAAGACGCUGAUCGACCCCAGCAAUGUGUUCAGAAAUGAACAGGGCAUUCCUCCCAUGCCCAACCUGAACAAGAGAUACGACAGGCACCGCUCCUCCACCCAAGCACAUUCAACAUAGACAUGCAUUUUAAGCAUCUGAGGUUGGACCGGCGAUAAAAUUGUUCAUAUGCACCGAAUGUUACAUGGAGGACAACGCCUUGGCCGCUUCCUCUUAAUAUGUUCUUCAAUUGAGAGAUCGGUGGUCACGUUUUCUUCCAUUACUGUUGUAAUUUUUGGAAAUGAUAUACAGAGAACAGUUUUUCAGUUA